UGGCAAUUCAGGUCAUGAAGCAAUGCUUCAGCUUUCCGAAUAAUUUGAACCCACCAUUAUUCAGACGCGAACCUGUUCUUUUACACAAUUCCUCGGAGAUGAACGUGACUAGGACCCAAACAGAAGGGCCAAUGCUUAUCUAGUCUUCCCAAACGUGGUCUGACUGGUCCGGUUUCUUCUUCGGCGUAGCGCAAGCAGUACUGCCAAGCGCUGAAACCCUUCCGCUAUCAGAGAUAUAGCUGCAUUCAUCGUGCCAUCUCCUCUACCUUCGCUCGCUUGCUUGCAGCCUUGACCUUGCGCAUCAUGUGGACUUCGUGCAUAGAAUCGCAACGCAGGGAAAAUGAAAACGGAAUCAUAGGGGUUGACCGUAUUGGAGAAAACGAUUCGGACAGCGACAGCAAAGCUACGGCGGCAGACACAGGCCGAGCAAAUCUAAUUCACCACCCCUCUCGGGCAUUGCCCAGCAUCGAAAGGUUCAGCGACCGUGCUAUGCCAGAAACCACCAGUCCUAGUCCGGGCUCCUCCUCCCAUGACGACAAUACCAUCGACGUUCCCAUCAAGCUCGGGUCAAAACCAGCCCUCUUCUUCAUCAUCGAAUGUCGUUGACGGCAUGCCAGUCGAUCCCCUGACCCAAACUACACAAGGCUCAGAAUCCCAUUUUGCCGUCAUCGGCGUUGCGACGGUGCUCGGGCUCAUCCUAGUUUCAGUUGCCGGCUUCUUUAUCUGGAGAUCCUGGACGCAACAGGACUCGGAUUCGAGGAGCGGGUUCACCGAUGAGCGCUCGUGGACCCCUCGAGAGGAGUGCAAUGAGUGGCGGACGGGAGCGACGAAGCAAGAUAGAAAUCGGAGGGAUAGAACGACCCGACGCACGGAAAGGAGUGGGGCACGUAAUUCGACUCAGAAAUCUCCCGAAUCUGUGUUGCUCUCGAUAGAGAUGGGACGGCAAGAGGUCGAGGGGACGGUGGCCAAUGGAAUAGCCCCCAGAGAUCCACCUCCUACCUAUAACGCGGCUGCCGCCUGUCACAUUGAUUAGUGUGAAGUGUCGGAUGGACUCUCUCACAUGCAACGCCUGUGUAUCGGAAUCAGAUAAUCUUAUCUCUCAUUCGCACCCAGA